CUGUUUGGUACAGUUGGUGGUGUAGUCAAUUAUGGAUUCGAGUGCGAAGGUCUGAGCUUUUGACGACCUCACUGAUAGCGACAUCAACUACGGAGCUUCUCUCUCGACACAGCUCCGGCGUGAUCGACGGUCCUGAUUGUCUUUCCGGCGCCGGUGAUCGGAGGAGAAAGAUUUGAUCAACUCAAGUCACAGCGUGAGUCGCUUUUGCAAGUUUGAGGUCAAUUCUAGUAUCAAUCAUUUGGACCUUCUUCUCCAGUUAAAUGGGUGAAAAGUGAAUCUAUCCAUAACUGCCCCCAGUUUUACUUAAAUACAUGGUUACUUUUGGGGAAGCAGUUCAAGAUGAAUUGGCUUCUGACAAAUCACAGCAGAGAAAGAGCCCAGAGUCUGGAUACCAAGAGUCCCAAUUCAAUCAAGAAGGAAGCACUGUUUCUGUAUUGCCUGAAAAAGAAUCGAGUGAAUUGCAGAAGACAGAGAGCUCUAAUGCUGAGUUUUCUGCAUCACAAUGCAAAGAGGAAGGAAACACUCUCUCUACGAUAACUGACAAAGUGUUGGAACAUGUGAAGCAGAGACAGAGCUCUCUGAGGGUGUCGCCUAAUUUACAGGGGAGACAAAACCCUGAUAGUGCUAGUGGGGAUCAAACAUCUGAAGGCAAUCAAGAAGGGUCAUCUCACUCUGUAAUACCUGAAAAAGUAUCAGAUAAUUUACAGCAGAGACAAAGAUCUGAAACUGUGGUCCAUGCAUCACAAUCUAAUCAAGAAGGAAGCAUUCUUUCUGUAAAACCUGAAAAGUUGCCGACUAGUUUGCAGCUUACACAGAACCUUAAGACUGGGUCUCAUAUGUUGCAACGCGAUCAAGAAGGAAGGACUCCCUCAAAAAUACCAGAUAAAGUAUCAGAAGAUGGAUAUAACUGGAGGAAAUAUGGGCAAAAACUUGUCAAAGGAAAUGAAUUUAUUCGGAGCUAUUACAGAUGUACACAUUCUAAAUGCACAGCAAAAAGGCAAGUAGAACGCUCACAAGAUGGGCAGAUUACGGAUACUGUUUAUCUGGGUAAGCAUGAACAUCCUAAACCUCAACCUAGUCCCCAGAUAGCUGUUAGCUUUGUACCGCCCAUCCAAGCAAAGAGACAAGACGAGCCUUCUUUAUCUAUUGGGGAGGAUAAAUCAUCUGAUGCACAUGUUUUGACAUCUCACUGUGCUGAGCCAAUGGAAACACCUCCGCUUCCUACUACUGCACCAACUGAUGAUGCUGCAGAAGGUGCAAGUUUACAAUCUAAUAGAAUGAGAGAUGAGGUUGAUCAUAGUGGCGUUCCAGACACAAAGAAACAGAAGAGAGACAUUGGUAACAUUGACGAGAUUCUGGUGGAGAAGCCAAAUGGUGAAUCAAGAGUUGUUCAAACUACGAGUGAGAUUGACAUAGUGAAUGACGGUUACCGCUGGCGCAAAUAUGGACAGAAACUAGUAAAAGGCAAUCCUAAUCCAAGGAGUUACUACAGGUGUUCAAAUGCUGGUUGCCCGGUGAAGAAACAUGUGGAGAGGGCAUCCCAUGAUCCAAAAGUGGUUAUUACCACUUAUGGGGGACAACAUGACCAUGACAUGCCCCCAACUAGGACUGUUACCCUUAACACAGCAGGAUCUGAUACUAAUACUACAGCCCCAAAUGGUGAGUUGAGAUCUAAACCAGAGGAAACUAGUGAAGUUGUUCAUACUAGUGCAAACUGAGCUGCAAGUAGCUGAUGAGGAAUUAUCUGAGCUGAAACUCGAUUCUCGUUUCUGUUGCAAUAACGUGUAAGCUCUUAACACUGCUGUUGAUUAACGCAGAUCAGGAGGCCUGUCGGUGUGCAUAGGAAUUGCUCUCUCUCUCUCUCUCAUGGGGGAUGGUUUUCCCUGCAACUCUGAUUUGAAACCAUGCGUCUAAUUGAUGAUAACCCUGUAUUGGGUGUAAAAAUUAUUUAAGGAAUAAAAUGUAUAUGUUGCACUUGUGUGAGGCUCUUUAAGAUGUUUUUUGUUGCUGCAUUUUUUUGAAUAAUCAUCUUUAUGUUAAUGAAGAAUAUGGGUGCAUGAUCAGCAGACAUUUGAGCUUUUAAACAUUGUUGUGUAAUAUGAAAUUGAUUAAUUCUUGUUCAGGUA